UCACUUCCUGGUUGUCGCGCAGCAGUUUUGGUUUAUUCCGUGCGCGGUCGACAUGUUCUAAAGUUCAUCAUGUGAUUUGCGUGAAGGACCGAGUGCAUUAAAAGAGAAGAGCCGUGGAGCCGUGAACGCAUCUCUCCUCGUGUUGUCGUGUGUCCUCCUUCAGCUUCACGUCGACCCGCGGAACCGCAUGCGGCGUGCAGCAUCUGAUUCAAGUUGACGUUACUGCUGCAGGCAUGCAUCUGGCGGUGCUUCUCCUCGCCUCGGCGCUCCCUCUGACCACCUUGGCCAUCGACAACGGUCUGAUGCGGACCCCCCCCAUGGGCUGGUUGGCUUGGGAACGAUUCCGCUGCGAUAUCGACUGUGACAAUGACCCGAAGAACUGCAUCAGUGAGAAUCUGUUCAUGGACAUGGCAGACAGACUCUCCAAGGACGGCUGGAAGGAGCUUGGCUACGUCUAUGUGAACAUAGAUGACUGCUGGGCGUCCAUGGAGAGAGACAAGCAGGGUCGGCUGCAGGCGGACCCAAAGAGAUUCCCAGGAGGCAUCCUUAAACUGUCACGCUACAUGCACGACAGAGGACUCAAGCUGGGGAUCUACGCGGACAUGGGCACGCACACCUGCGGGGGCUACCCUGGCACCCCACUGGAGAAGAUCAAGAUCGAUGCUCAGACCUUCGCAGACUGGGAGGUGGAUAUGUUAAAGUUCGAUGGCUGUUAUUCUGACGUCAUGCAGCAGGAGGAGGGUUACCCUCUUAUGUCGAUGGCUUUGAAUGCGACGGGCCGCCCCAUUGCCUACUCCUGCAGCUGGCCCGCCUACCAGGGAGGCCUGCCACCGAAGGUGAAUUACACUCAGUUGGGUGAGAUCUGCAACCUGUGGCGUAACUAUGGCGACAUCCAGGACUCUUGGGACAGCGUCCUGCGGAUUGUUGACUGGUUCUUCGAGAACCAGGAUAUCCUGUCAGCUGCAGCGGGACCUGGAAGGUGGAACGACCCUGACAUGCUGAUUAUUGGAGACUUUGGCCUCAGCAUCGACCAGUCCCGCACUCAGAUGGCUCUGUGGGCGAUUAUGGCCGCUCCUCUUUACAUGUCCAAUGACCUGCGCACCAUCAGCAACGAGGCCCGCGUUAUCCUACAGAACAAAAUGGCCAUCAGCAUCAGCCAGGACGUCUUGGGCGUUCAGGGAAGACGAAUUGUAAAGGAGAAAAGUGGCAUUGAGGUGUUUUGGCGCCCCCUGUCCAAAAACACCAGUGCCUUGGUGUUCUUCAGUCGUCGGACUGACAUGCCCUUCCGCUACAAGACUUCCCUCAGCAGACUCAACUACGAGAGCGGCAGCUACAAGGUCAUCGAUGUGUUCACUGACAAGUCUGUGAUGCUGAAAGACUCCACUGACUUCGUGGUGUCGGUGAACCCCACAGGUGUGGUCAUGUUGUAUCUCUCAGCACCUGCCAAACUGAAUCCCCGCCUAUUCUACAGAGGUGGCCAACGCCAGAGGUCUGGCCAUAAUGAAAACGUUUUCUUCCUCUGACCGCUCACUUUCUAAACUUCAUUAGUGAACAAUCACUUCACAGUUUCUUCUUGCUUUCACCUUCUCUGUGAACCCCAAUGACUUGAAAGAUUGUGUUUAAAGGACACGGGUAGAUUGUUUCUGUGCCUCAGAUCAUUCAGUACGAGCCUAACUUAAUCCUUAACUUUCAAAUAAAGGAAGGAUGAUGAAGGUCAUGCUGGUUUUUCUAAAGAAUGUUUACAUUAAAUUUUAAAAGAACAGUUAAAAUAAUGUUAAUAAGAAAUAAUUCUGUGAAUUCAUUGGAACAAAUAAGUAUAACUUUUUAACCAAGAACCAAGACUGUUUCUGUAUUUUAAAAAAGCAUUUAGCAUCGAUUACCUGAUGAGACUGGGUUUUUGUGUUUUUUUUAAAUAAUUGUGUACAUUGAUAAACACGUUAGCCCUCCUACUGCAUAUAGUUUACCUGUAGUUACCUUAAUCAAACAACCUGACAAUAAUUCUCCAAUAACACUGAAGUGUCCUGUUGAGUCUACAUUCAAAAAACGCGAAAGAAUCCUAAUAACUAAGUUUUCUUAUCCUAAUCGUUCAUGUAUUGGAACAUUAUUCCUUGAUAAUCUGACAUUAUUCUUCAGUAACAUGAUGUUAUUGUAUAUAGGGAGAGAUGCAAGAUUAAAACGCAUUUGAUCAUAUUCCAUACAGCAGCGUAUGAUGCCUAACAGCCUUUUAGGCAUGAUGUCAUUUGAAGGGUGGCUGAUUGUGUAUUCUCCUGGUAAAUAAAACUGAUUUUAAAAAGGAAA